CCGAUCCGAUCGGAUCCUCUCUCUCUCCCAAGGGUGCGGAGGCGCGUCCCGCCGUAGGCCAGAAUCACGCAGAAAUCGCACGUACCACUCCCGGACCACCGCGAUGCGGCGCGACCUCGGCCGACAAGGUGUCUGAAGAAUAUCCCCGCGGGACCUCUGCCUCCUUCUCUCGUCCGCGCGGGACACGGUAGGUCCUGUUCGAGGCUACCAGGAUGCAGCUCAGACCCAGUUAUCAAGGCGUCUGAAGGCACCCCGCGGCCUGCACGCCGGUAUAAAGCAAUAAAAGCGCCCGCCACGAGAGAUGUAUCUCGCGAGGGCCGCGUAAGAAAACGGCGAAAGAAAGGCUGCACCGGUAAAUCAUAAACGCCACGGGGAUCGAACCGCGGGAGAUAACUGCCUUCGCGUAAGGUGAGACAGACGGGGGGAGAGAGAGAGCGCGCGUGCUCUUGCAGACAGCGAGGAGCGGCAGCAGCGGGUUCAGCUGUGCGGGGAUUCAUCGUUCGAUCGCAUCCAUCGGAUCCAUCCAUCCUCGGCGGACGCCUGGCGAACGAAAGCUCGAAAACGAAACGCAGCCCGGAAGAGGAGGCCUCGUCGUUCAUCACUGGGAACAGGACAUCCGGAAGAUACCUCGUUGGCCGCGUGCAGAGAGGAGGCGGUCUUCAUCGUUCGCCCCAUCAGUGAGAAUAUCGUCGAUGGAUACUGAUAGCUUCCCCGUAAGAAGAUAGGCGAACGCGCGCGCGCGCGUUCCACACGCUCUUCGCCCCUCGCUCGCCGGUGGUCAUCACCGGCCGAUAGAUCGUAAUAGUUUCGCCCGUAAGAAGAAGGAGCAGAAGAAGAAGGAGAGGAGAGAUGCGUCGACCAGCUGCGCUCAGCGGUGUUUACCGUCGAGGAUACUAUCGAUAGAUCGUGAUAGUUUUCGCGCUACCGCCUCGGCCGGUGCGGGAAGAGGAGGAAGAUAAGGGGAGGAGAGGAGGAGAUGAUCCGGUCGUGUGAAAAGUGUAACGCGGAAAGUGGCAGACCCGCGAGCGGAUCGAUCGUCCCGACAGUGCCGGCGACUCGGAACGACCGGUUCGUCGACGGUGUUUCGUGAUCCCUGAUCCUCACUGCGCGCCGUUGCCCGGGGCAACGGCUUAGUGGCUAGUGAACGGAGUUUCGCGUAUUCUUUAACGCCGUGAUCAAUGAGAGCCGGCCUUAACGUCCGAUCCGAAUCGAUUCGCGCGGGUAUUUCACAGCAGUUUGACAAAGAAAAUCCUCCGGGGAGCGUGAGCAAGAACCAGCCGAUUUCUUAACCCUCUCGUGUGUUUUACCCGACCUUUCGCCUCCUCUCGCUCGCCCGUGGUUCAUCGGGAGGGACGUUUACGCGAAUAAAACUCACCGGCCUGCGGAUUAAUGUCGCCAGCACGUCGCCCGCGAGAGUGACGGCCGCCACGGCUGAGUGACAUAAUUGAAGCAAGUGCUCGCGCGGCCGAGCCCGUUAUUAACCGGUAAUGAGCGGGUGUCGGAAGAGGAAUAAAAAUGUCCUCGAAAGCAAGCGUCGGACUCGCCUCGCCGCCACGAAGAUUAAAUGACGCUACGCCCUCGAGCUUCUCGGCGUCGCCCUGAAGAACGGGGAGGGGACUUUCUCGUCGCUCUCGAUCUCCUCGACACCUCGCGUUGCGACCCUUGCACCGUAUUAUCAGCCAGCCCCCCUUCCGUUUCGUACGCGCACGCGCGCCCGAUGAUGCGGCUACCGUUCGCGAAGUGACGCCGUACCGCGGGUAGAAGUGUGGAAGUCAUGUCGUCGAACGGCGAGUUCUCGACGAUGUCCAGCGAGGAGGUGCCUUCGCUGCCGAAAUCCCUGCCGAGCUCGAGGGAGGCGACCGCCGAGGGUUGUUCCGGCUCCAGCGGCGGAUACAUGCCGCUCCGCGAGUUCCUCGACCGAUUCUCCUUGCCGAGGGUGGUGAGACUCGAGGGUACCGGCGGCAGGCCGGUGCUGCUGUACAAGCAGCAACAGAGAUCGCUGAGAGUCACCGCGAGCCUGUUGAUACACCGGUACCGGCAUGACGUCAAGGUGGGACCGGAGAUCGUCAUCCCGGAGGGUUAUCCAGGAUGGUUUUCUGUGAUAUCUGGCAACAACACGACGGGCAGCGCGCGCGUCUACCGCAGGGUGGACUCUUUGGUGAAGACCGGGGUGCCCGCGUUUCUACUGGCGACUCCUUUGCGCGCCUACACUCUGACGCACUCAAAAAUGGAAAACGGAAAUCUGCGAGCCCAUUACACGAAGACGACGAUCCGCGCCGGUGAGAUCCUGCGACUCGUUGCGGUCUUCCAGGACACCAGGCGGUGCAGCUCGGUCUCCUUCGGCAUCUCCGGCGGUUGUCCUGAGAAGGAUCAAUACGCGCAAUGCAUCGAUCUUCACGGACGCGAGGUGUUCGCCUCGCUGUCGACCAGGGGCGAGUUCUACGCGAUCUGUCAGAACGGCAGCAUCGACACCGGCGGCGACGCAAUGCUCUACAAGGUUCACCACCUCGCCAAGCGGCAGCUGCCUCUCCGAGUGCGGCUGAUAGCGGGGCCGCUGCCCGUGCCCCUGCCGAAGGAGUACGGCGGUCUGAUGCAGUUGGAGACAUCGACGCGCGGCCCGAUAGUCCUGGGAUGCAUCGUUCCGGAGAGACCGGUGCACAAUCCGGAGAUGCUCGAGUUGGUCGUAUGCGGUAACGGAGCGCCGAGGGUUCGAAGGGCACGGCUGGGUUACCCUUCGGAGGCGAGAUUGCUCGCCUCCCCGAAGAUGCAGCGAUUACUGGCGGCCUGCAGCCGGGCGGUCGGGGACCGCGCAACGGAACCGCGAGUGGCGCCCGUGAAGCUACACCCGACCGGCGAGAGCCUGAGGGAGAUGCAUCUGAAGAAGAUCAAGCCGAAGCCGGAGACGAAGCCGAUACUGCAGAGCCUGAAGGACGGAUUGGAACACCUGAGGAGGAGCACCGCCACGAAGGAGCGGAAUCAAGGGAAACAGAGCACCGGCAACGGCGGCAUCCUCGAGAGGAUCUCGAAACUCGCCCAAGGCAACCGGAAUCGCAACCCCGCGAAGAAGUCGGCCUCGUUCACGUUCGCGGUCAGGCCGGAGAUCGCCAUGAGAUCGCAGGAGCGUUACUCCAGUCUGGAGCCGGAAACUACCUCUCAGCAGGCGCACCGCCAGAACGCCGCCAAGCAGCCCGUGCAGAGAUCGGUGUCGACCAGCGUGCUGGAGAUCCCGGCGUGCGUCGAGCUGCAGCCCAACUACUCCCGGGUGAGGGACAGCUUGACGCCGUUGCCGUCCCCGCCGAAACUGGUCCCGGCCAACAAGCCCGAGGAGAUCUACGCCGAGAUCUGCGACACGACGGCGAACAACCAGGUGCAGAAGUGUCCGGGCAGCCAUGUGAUGGCGCGGAUCAGGAUCAUCGUGCAGGGCAACAACGAGACGCCCGUCGGAGCCUGCGGCCCGAUGCUCGGCAACGAGAGAUACGUGAACUCGAUGGUGACGAGCGAGCAGAUCGACUCCAUCAUCAGCACGGAGGACGAAGUGAUCUACAACACCGUGUUCUGAAGUCGAACGGAGU